AUGACUACCACGAAAUACAAACUUAUCUUCUACGUACCCGUCUCGGACGUGGAAGCCGUGAAGACGGCCAUCUUUGCCGCCGGCGCCGGACGCUACCCAGGUCCCGGGAACUACACAGAAUGUGCUUGGCAAACAAUUGGAACCGGUCAAUUUCGGCCAGGAGACACGGCAAACCCGCACAUUGGCGAGGUCGGCGCCCUGGAGAAGGUCGAGGAAGCCAGGGUUGAGACGCUAUGCGUCGGGGAAGAGUGUGCCAAAAAGGCCGUGGAGGCUUUGAAGAAAGCUCAUCCAUAUGAAGAACCUGGCUACGAAGUCUACGAGAUCAAGGAAUUCUGA